AUGAUGGCAAAUACACUUGAUGCCGUAAACGCGAAUCAGCCUACGCAAAAUGGUAGUAAAGUACAACCAUGCAACAAUGAAUCUAAAACUAAUCUCAUAGUAAACUACUUACCACAAACAAUGACUCAAGAAGAAAUAAGAUCACUGUUUUCAAGUGUAGGUGAAGUGGAGAGUUGCAAAUUAAUAAGAGACAAGGUGACGGUUUUUCCCGACCACAUCCUGAAUGGGCAGAGCUUGGGGUAUGCAUUUGUUAAUUAUCAUAAGGCAGAAGAUGCAGAGAAAGCAGUGAACACAUUGAAUGGUCUCAGAUUACAAAAUAAAAUUAUUAAAGUAUCUUAUGCCCGUCCUAGCUCCGAUGCCAUUAAAGGUGCAAAUCUCUAUGUGUCUGGACUCCCUAAACACAUGACGCAGCAAGACUUGGAGAAGCUGUUCAGCCCAUAUGGCACCAUAAUCAGCUCAAGAAUCUUACAUGAAAAUGUAAAUGUGGGUCAUUUACUGCAAGGCAGCAUGGAUGAUGGAGGACUCCAAGGGCCUUCAAGAGGUGUAGCCUUUAUAAGAUAUGAUCAGAGAAUCGAAGCUGAAACAGCUAUACGUGAAUUGAAUGGCACUAUACCACCAGGUGGUACAGGGCCUAUGACAGUGAAAUGUGCAAAUAACCCAAGCAACCAGAAUAAGGCAUUAGCUCCAUUAGCUACAUACUUAGCCCCUCCAACAGUUCGCCGAUUCCUGGGUCCAGCUGGUAAGGCACUGCUUGCUAUUAACAAAGGUCUUCAACGGUAUUCUCCUCUUGCUGACCCUCUCGUCCAAGGCAAUGCUUUAGGAGGUUCAGGUUGGUGUAUCUUUGUGUAUAAUAUAGGAGCUGACACAGAGGAAAGCGUGCUUUGGCAGUUAUUUGGCCCAUUUGGUGCCGUCCAGAGUGUUAAAAUCAUCAGAGAUCCCACAACCAACAAGUGUAAAGGGUAUGGUUUUGUAACUAUGACAAAUUAUGAUGAAGCUGUUGUGGCCAUUCAGUCUUUGAAUGGGUACUCCCUCAAUGGACAAGUACUGCAAGUCAGCUUCAAAACCAAUAAAAGUAAAUCC